AUGACAAAAUCAAUUUUUCAAGAUUGGAUAUUUAGAGAUGAAAAUCUCCAAAGAGAAGCGUUGACGCAUAAAACUUACGCAUACGAAAAUCCGAUGAGCGGAAAUCAUAAUGAAAAGUUAGAAUUCUUGGGAGAUUCAGUCAUAUCCCUCAUAAUCUCAAAUUAUUUGUAUAAUAAAUGUAAAAAUGAAGGAGAACUUACAAUGAUGAAAGCAAAGUUAGUUUGCAAAAAAACUUUGGCAGAGUUUGCGUCGGAAUUAAAUUUAGAAAAAAGGUUGAAACUAGGAAAAGGUGCAUUGAUGGGCAAUGCAAGAAAUAAUGAUAAGAUUUUAGAAGACGCUUUUGAAGCUUAUGUCGGUGCCGUAUUUUUGGAUGCAGAAAAAAAUUUUUUGGAAGUAAUGGAAUUUAUGGAACCUUUAAUAGAACCCAAAGUCGAGAAACUUCUUCAGGAAAUAAAGAAUUCCCUGGAAAAUAAUAACGACGAAUCUAAAUCUAUAAUCGGUCCUCAGGAUGUGUCACUUACGAAAGUACCCCAUGAAGAUCCAAUUAAUAAACUUCAAACUUGGUCGCAAAGAAGAUCAUUUGGUAUACCGAAAUAUCAAUUAGUUGAAAAUAAAAAAGUUGAAAACAAACUUGUUCAGCCCCAAUUUACUUUUGAAGUCGUCAUUAAUCAAGUUACAUACCCUCAGGGGACGGCGAGAAAUAAAUCGGAAGCUAAAAAAAUGGCUGCCAUUAACGCCCUCAAUAUAAUUGAUGAGAACUUAAAAUUGGGUAAAGAUAAAUAA